AUGGGUUCUUGUUCUCUGGUUUUUCUGAUUAUUCUACCCUCAUUUCUCACCUCACAAACAAUUAUUAGAGAAAUAUCGCAAAAGCCAUCUUAUUUACUAUCGAAAAGUGUUUUUCUAUCUCCAGAUUCUUCAGUCAAUCCAUUUUAUGAUACGUCUCUCGAACGAAGAUCAGCAGGACGACGGCGUCGAGAAAUAGAAAGUGCUGAUAAUUACACAUUUAAAUACAUUCGUCAUCCACAAUCCUAUCGUACAACCUUGAUUCAAAUUGCCAAUGACGGUUGGGAAGCUUUCUCACAGGCGCACAGUUCAAUGAAUACAAUUCAACUAUUUAUGACACAAAUUCCACGCCACAUCAAAACCUCUUUAAAAAUACUUGUUUCAGCCUCACCACGACUUCUCGAAAGAAUGCUAAUACAAUCAUUAAACGACAUCGAUCAAAUUGGAAGAGAAUGUUCAAAACUGGCAUCGAACACUCAUGAUCAAUUUGUGAGUGUAAUGCAACUGCUCGGUGAAGUGAUUGAAAUGACAGUUCUGACACAAAGUGUGAAUAUGCAGAAGUUACAAGCAGCUGAGAUUGAAUUAAACGUCUCACGUAUAGCACAACAGCAACAGAAACAAAUUUCUGAUAUCGUUCAAAAGCAUUACAGUGGAGCACAGGAAAGUGUAAGAAAAGCACAAGCAGCCUACAUCAAAGCACUCGAAGAACUGCCAACAGGAUAG